AUGGGUAAUUCCAUGGCAGAUGUUAUCCAAGACUCGCCUUUGGGGCAGGUCAUCCACUUCAUCACACGAGGCAAGGUCUUCGCCUUUCCCGAGGAAGACGCCAACUUCAGGAUCCCCUGGGAAGAGGCGUCGGCCACAGAGAAAGAGAUUGAAAUCGAGGCCGACGCCACUCCUGUGAGCCCUGUCGCAAAUGUCGCUCCCAACCCGGCGAUUUCUCAGAUUCCUUCCAUCGACGACAAGGAUGAUAUCGAGGCCCGCAUUCCAGGCCUCACCACCAUCCCAACGGCUCGAUCAUCUGCCGUGCAUAGUGCUGUCGGUCCGGUUACUACGCGCACCUUAACCCGCGAGCGCACAUUGCCAUACUCCCGCGAACGAUACGAGAUCGAGCAACAGGAAGCCGUCGAGCGACGACAGAGCAGCAUCAUUGCCCCGCAGAGAACAUCUGACGGUGUUAUACUAGUGGACUGGUACACUACUGAUGAUCCGGCCAACCCUCAAAAUUGGAAUAGCUGGAAAAAGGCAUGGGUCGCACUGAUAAUCUUCUUGUACACUUUUGCGGUAUACAUGGCCAGCGCUAUCUAUACGUCUGCGGAGCCAAUGGUCAUGGAAAAGUUUGGGGUCGGUCAAAGUAAGGCUUCAUUGGGUCUGAGCAUGUAUGUGCUUGGAUAUGGCUUUGGGCCGAUGCUGUUCUCACCCAUCUCCGAACUGCCGAUUUUUGGGCGCAAUAUUCCCUAUAUCAUCUCCUUCGGACUCUUUGUCAUUCUUUGUAUCCCGACUGCCUUGGCCGAUAGCUAUGCCACUCUCUUGGUGUUGCGAUUCUUGACCGGGUUCAUGGGCUCUCCAUGUCUGGCCACCGGCGGUGCCACAAUGGGUGACAUGUACGGCCUGCUCAAACUUCCAUAUGCCCUUACCGCCUGGGUCGCGGCGGCGUUUUCGGCUCCUGCUCUUGGACCUUUACUGAGUGGGUUCAGCGUCGUCGCCAAGUCGUGGCGCUGGGCUCUGUGGGAAGUGCUAUGGUGUUCGGCUCCCAUCUUCGUCCUGAUGUUCAUGUCCAUGCCCGAAACGUCGGCAUCAAAUAUUCUCCUUCGCCGCGCUCAACGGCUGCGCAAAAUCACCGGUAAUCCUAACCUGAAAUCCCAGGGCGAGAUUGAUCAAGGAAAUUUGUCCUUCAGCAAGCUCGCCAUCGAUCAGUUGUGGAAGCCGAUCGAGAUCUGUCUGAAAGAUCCGGCUGUUCUGUUCACGAAUCUUUACACAAGUCUUAUUUAUGGAAUAUACUACUCCUUCUUCGAAGCCUUCCCCCUCGUGUACAUUGGCAUCUACGACUUCAACAUUGGUGAGCUGGGCAUCGUGUUCACUUGCAUCGUCGUCGGCUGUGUCAUCGGCAUCAUCAUAUACGUGUCGUACGUAUACAUCUACCUCGAACCGGACAUCAAGGCGAACGGCCUGCGCGCACAAGAACAUCGGCUUGUCCCCGCCCUCUUCGCCGUCACACUCAUGCCAGCCGGGCUUUUCUGGUUCGGUUGGACGGCUGAGCCGCAGACGCAUUGGAUCGUGGGCAUCAUCGGGAUCACGCUAUAUGCUGUCGGCGCGUUUGUCUUAUUCCAAUGCAUAUUCAUGUACCUCCCUCUCACAUACCCGCAAUACGCCGCCAGCCUGUUCGCCGCCAACGACCUGACCCGCUCCUCCCUGGCCGCGGGCGCCGUCAUCUUCGCGCACCCGCUGUACGUCAACCUGGGCAUCGGCCGCGGCAUCUCGGUGCUCGGGGGCCUGUUGGGCGGCGGCGUCCUGGGUAUUUGGGCUCUGUGGUACUAUGGCGCCAGUCUGAGGGCGAGGAGUAACUUCGCCGCCAAAUAG